GAUUAACACAGAAUCUUACUAUUAUAUAUUAUAUAUGUAAAAUUUGAAUAACCUACUCAAAAUAAAAAUUGUAUUCCAUACCUAGCACCCACCGCUUUACAUUUUGUGUGUAUAUAUAUUUUCACACACAAAGCACAACCCAAUUAAUGAAACUUGUUAUAUGACUAGCUUCUAAAACUACAACACUAUGGUUUGCAAUCUCAGCAAAACUGAAGACGGUGGCGCCGCUACAAUCUCCGCCGUGCAUCCCGAUAUUAUUCAAACCCACAUCCUCACGUGCCUCGACGGUCCCUCACUCGCUUCCACAGCCAGCACGUGCUCUCAGCUUAACUCCCUCUCAUCUUACGAGCAUUUAUGGUCCAAUAUUUGCACCUCCACGUGGCCUUCCACCAACACGCCACGUGUCCGCAACGUAAUCUCCACUUUCCCUAACAGCUCUCGCUCUUUCUUCUCCGAUUCUUUCUCAACCGUAACCGCUCCCGCCUCCAACCGCCACCGCGCCAAUCUUGAAGCCACGCCAGAAAUUCUAUCCGCCGUUGACUUAUUCCACCGGAAAAAGCUUGUUUUAUCUAGAUUGGUGGAGACUGAAACCGAGUCGGGGUGGUUUCGGUGUUCUCCGUUUCGGAUUGAUAUUCUCGACCCGAAGGAUUCGGUUGAGACGAGUAUGGAUUAUCCGAGAGACGAUGAAGCGUGUAAGAAUUUAGAAGAUGAAUUGAGUUUGAGUUGGAUUGUGAUUGAUCCGAGGGGGAAGCGUGCGGUGAACGUGUCGAGUGGGAAGCCGGUGUCGGUGAACCGUCACUGGCUAACCGGCGACGUGCAAGUGAGAUUUGCGACGGUGUUACACGGCGGAGAGAAGGGAUCAGCGAAAGAAGCGACGCUGUGUAGUUUAUUGGUGACGUUGGGGAAGGAAAUGCAGGUGAGGGAAACUUGUUUUCAGAUUGAGGAUAUGGAUGGGAAUCAGUUGAAUGGGAGGGAUAGUUUGGGGAUUUUGCAAAGAGCAUUGGAAAGUGGAAGGAAAAGAUUGAGGAACGGAAAGGAAGGAAAGGAAAGGUACGUGGAAUUUGUGAAGAAGAAAAUGGAAAGGAAAGAGAGAAAAUUGAGAAGAGAGAGAAAAUUGGAUAUUCUCUGUGUUGCACUCGCUGCUUUGUCUGUUGCGGCUUUUUCCACUCUCUUUCUCUCUUGAUUUCAUUAUGUUAUAUUAUAUUUGAGUUUCAUUUCAGAUACAAACAUAUAAGAAACAGGGAACAAUUUGAUGUUAGUUACAGUGUCAAACAAAUGUUGAUGUUUAGUUACAUCUUACGAUAAUUGAAAUUGAAGGAAAGGAAAGUUAUGUAAAUGUAAGUAGUACUAAGUAAUGACUUAUGAUAGAGAAGUGUUUAAUCCUACCAUGAAUCCAUGAUCGUGGUAUGGCUUUAUACAUGAAAAUUGUAUUCAAUGCAACUUGUAGAUUUUACAUACUUAUGUUUGGUUUUCACGUUUCCAAAUAAAUCUGUCUUUGUCACUCAUAAUCAUAAAUUAAUGUGCUCCAUUUAAGGGUGAUUUA